AACAGCGGGUCUCAUGUGCUGCAGACGUGGGGUAUUUCACAGAGACAUAAAGCUGGAGAACCUGCUGGUCAACACUGACACGCUGGAGGUCAAGCUAAUUGACUUUGGCUGUGGAGCUCUUCUCCAGGAAUCUGGCUAUGACAGUUUCUGUGGCACAAAGGAGUACUUCCCACCGGAGUACUACCUGGACGACGAAUACCAUGCAGAACCAUCCACUGUAUGGUCUUUAGGAGUUCUGUUAUUCCUGCUGCUGUGUCAACGAUUUCCUGAAGUCAUGGACACGCAGAGGAUCGAUGAUGGAAACUGGACUGAGCCUGGAUUGUCAGAAGAAUGCUGUGACUUGAUUCAAGCUCUCCUGCAGGAAAACCCAAGCCAGCGGAUUUCUCUGGAAGAAAUCAUUCUCCAUCAAUGGUUUAAGGUCAAGGAAUAAGCAAUAAGGAAUGUAGUGCAAAUGGAUGGGAAAGAUUAUUUGCACUACUGAGCACCACAGUUCCUGACGCUAAAAGUUACAGAUUCAACAGGAGAGCCU